AUGUCUUCACUAACAUUGAUUCAAGUAUUUGCUUGUGUUGGCCUUUUGCUAGCCAUUGCUAAUGGACAAUUGCCAGCUGCUACGCCUACUACCACGCCAAUCGUGACACCCCCGCCAACUACCACAACACCUCCACCAUCUACAGCACCAACCGUGACACCCCCGCCAACUACCACGACACCUCCACCAUCUACAGCACCAGCCGUAGUACCACAACCACCCACAACAGUAGCAGCAACACCUCCUCCAGCAACUACCCCUCCAUCAGCAUCACCACCUAAGGUAACUCCAGCUUCGAGCCCUAUUGUCCCACCCCCUCAAAUCUCACCGCCACAGCCACCACAGAGUCCACCUACCACAGCUCCAGUACAAGCACCAGCAUCGCCGCCACCACCUGUUUCAGCUCCACCAAAGGUAUCUCCAGCCCCAGCUAAGCAACCGCCUGCUCCAGCGCCUGUGAAGGCAACUCCUGCACCAGCACCUGCUAAGGUAGUACCCGUUUCACCACCAGCCCCCGCUCCAGCCCCAAAACUCCAGUCCCCUACCCCAGCACCAAUAACACUACCACCCUCACCAGCACCAGCUCCGAGCAAACACAAGAAAAAGCGCAAGCACAGGAGACAUCAUCAUGCCCCUGCACCAGCACCAACAGUACAGAGCCCUCCAGCACCACCUACAGUUGUAAACUCAGAGGAUACAGCACCUGCACCAUCACCAACUCUAAAUUUGAGUGGGGCGAAUACACUAUUGCAACAAGCGGGAAAACAUGGAGUACAAGCAAUUACUGCAUUGAUGGCUGUCACCAUGCUGGUUUUUACAGCGUAG